AUGAGCUUUGUUGAGGAAGAGGAUGGUGAUGGCUCGGACCGACGACUGACCAUACCUAUUUUGGCAGACUGGCUCUCACUCAUAGUUAAGGCUGUCCCUUCCUCCUCCGACAAUACAAAUCUAGAGGCGAUAUUGCUUCAAAAUGUUAUAAAAGCUACAGAAAAGGCCGGCCUUUCUAGUGGGAUGGAGAGCCGCGGAAAAAGCAAUGCGCGACCAUUCGUAAUGAAGAGGCUGCGAUGCGCAGGCUACGAUGCACGUAUUUGCAAGUCGCAGUGGAAGCAAGUUAACAGCUACCCUGCAGGCGAUUACGAAUACAUCGUUGUGAAUACGGAGGCGCCUUCUUUGAAGUAUAAUAGCAACGAUCGUUUGCUGGUGGACAUCGAUUUCAGGUCCCAAUUUGAGAUUGCUCGACCCACGGCGGAGUACAGUGCGCUGCUACAAAUGCUACCUAGUUGCUUUGUGGGAAGGGCAGAUCAACUCCGUGCGAUGAUCAAGAUCAUGUGUGACGCGGCCAAAAUAUCGCUGAAAGCGGAAGGAUUGCACCUGCCGCCAUGGAGGAAAUAUCGUUACGUGGAAGCCAAAUGGCUGGGCCCCUCUCUGCCCAUGUGUUAGACGGAAUUUGAUGACGUUGGGAUUGCCUAGCGUGGGACAUAGCCUUUUUUAAAUUUUGGUCCUAAAACGACGCAGCUUUCUAUCUGUAGAUCAUGUAACCAGUUGCUGCCUACACAAGUAGAGCUAAGGUAGCAUGAUGACGAAAAUGUUCGUCGACCAAAGAUAUAUAUAUUUUUUAUAAGAUGAUCAGCCCAUCUGGAGACAAUUAUGAAUGGAAUACCUAACAAGAUUCACAAUCUAACGAAUUGUCCAUCCGAACAAGUAAU